UGUUGUGCAGUGUGCAGACGCAGUGUGGCCUAUGCACUGCUACUGUGAUAGUGUGACUUGAAAUGUGAACGGUGCCGGUUUGGUAAAAAAAAAAAAAAAUUACGAUUUUUUUUUUGGAGGAUUAUCAUAUAUAUAUAUAUAUAUAUUUUUGUACACACGCACGCAGUACGCUUUAACAACGAGAAAUUAUUAUGGGACUUUUAACCGAAGGGCACCCACUUUCCUGGGAAGAAACAAAAAAAUUGGCCGAUCAUGUACGACAGCAUGGUAUCAAUCAGUUUGUAAAUUUAUAUCAUCAAUUGAUGGACCGCAAAGGAGAUAUACUCAAAUGGGGCGACGAGGUUGAAUAUAUUAUUGUUAAAUUUGACCAUGUCAACAAAACCGCUAAAGUUAGACUAUGCGCCCAGGAAAUAUUACAUCAAUUAAAUCAAAAAGAAUUAAAAGAUCCUGACAAUGUAAAAUCUUUGUGGAGGCCAGAAUACGGUGCGUACAUGAUCGAAGGCACUCCUGGUAAACCGUACGGCGGGCUUUUGGCGCAUUUUAAUAUUGUCGAAGCCAACAUGCGGUACCGCAGAGAGGAAGCGCAACAGUUGCUUGGGCCCGACGAAGUGCUCAUGACCAUAACCAAUUUUCCCAGGCUUGGAUGUCCGGAAUUCACGUGGCCGAUCGACAAGCCGACGCCCGACGCUGGUUCGUCAAGGUCGCUAUUCAUACCAGAUUCGGCCAUCUACAAAGGUCAUCCCCGGUUUUCCACGCUCACCAACAAUAUCAGGCAGCGCAGAGGAGAACGUGUAGCCAUUAACAUUCCAAUAUUCAAAGACAAAAACACACCUAGUCCGUUCAAAGAAGACCUUAAAAGCAUGGGAGGCGAUAUGGACAGCCUGAACGCGGCUCUACCGGAUCACGUGUACAUGGACGCCAUGGCUUUUGGCAUGGGUUGUUGCUGUUUGCAGAUGACAUUCCAAGCUUGUUGUAUCAGAGAGGCGCGAACCCUGUACGAUCAACUAACCCCACUGUGUCCGAUUUUGUUGGCGUUGACGGCGGCUUCACCAGUGUUCCGUGGAUAUCUGACCGAAGUGGAUUGCCGUUGGGACGUUAUAUCGGGAUCCGUGGACUGUCGAACCCGACAGGAACGUGGUCUGGAACCGUUGACCACCGACAAGUUUGUCAUACCCAAGUCACGUUACGACUCUAUCUCGCUGUACCUUUCAAGUCAAGGGGAGGAAUUCAACGACGAGCCCGUGAUGUACGACGAGAACAUCUACAAAAAGCUCAAGAAUGCCAAUAUAGACCAUCAGAUGGCUCAGCAUGUGGCUCACCUGUUCAUCAGGGACACCGUAUCUCUGUUUAGCGAAAAAGUACACCAGGACGACACCGUUGAAAUGGAUCAUUUCGAAAACAUUCAGUCAACGAAUUGGCAGACCAUGAGGUUCAAGCCGCCACCGCCUCAGUCGACUAUCGGUUGGCGGGUCGAAUUUAGACCAUGCGAGGUGCAACUGACGGACUUUGAGAACGCCGCCAUUGUAUGUUUUGUCGUUUUGCUCACCAGGGUGAUACUGUCGUAUCAAUUGAACUUCAUCAUUCCCAUAAGCAAGGUAGAUGAGAAUAUGCGUAAUGCUCAAAAGCAAUCAGCUGCUCAAAAAGAAAAAUUCUGGUUUCGCAAAAACAUUACCUCACCGUCUAAAGCUACAGGCGUGGUCAACGGUACCGCUGAUGACACUUUGUACACGCUUAUGUCCAUAGACGAGAUCAUCAAUGGAAAGAGUGGCGAAUUUCCUGGCCUAAUACCGCUAAUUCACAGUUACCUCUCGAGCAUGGAAGUUGAUGCCGACACGCAUUGCACAAUACAGCAGUACUUGAAAUUAAUCUCAAAACGUGCAUCCUGUAAAAUUGAUACGACUGCUAGCUGGAUACGUAGAUUCAUCACAGAACAUCCGGCCUACAAGCAAGAUUCUAUAGUCAGCGAGGAAAUUAACUACGAUCUUCUAAUGACUGCCAACGGGAUUCAAUCAGGUCGCAUUUCGUGCCCCCAGUUAUUAGGCGACUGUUUAUUAGCCAAUUCUAAAACGAAAGAAACAAUUCCACCCGCCGUUCAGAAGGUAUACUCGUGUACCCAAUGAACAUCAAUGUUUCCUCCAUUACCUUUAUAUUAUUUAAAUUUAUACACUUAUGAGGCUAGUAACAAAUGUAAUACUUCUUUACUCUAUCACUUAUGAAUAAUUUUUUAUUAUGACAUAAUAUUGUGUUUAUGUAACUACUUAAAUCAAAUAUUUAUGUGAGAUGCUAGGGAAGUCUGGGAAUACGAGUAGCUCAUUAUUAUUAAUAUAUAUGUAUAAAUUAUAU